GAUCUCACCAUUAAGUCUUGAUCAUUUAUAUAAACAUUUCCAUCUCAUUAUGAGAUUACGUUCGGUUUAGAUUCCCGAUCCUAUCGCUUAGCGUGACAGCGUGUUCUGCCCUACUUUUUAAUCUCUGGUAGUAUGAGGGAGGAGUAGCACCGAUGAGGGCGGCCCUCGCACUGUAUGCCUUUCGACUUGUUGUGUUUUCUGUUACUCCAAUCGCCAUCUUGUUGCCAGUGAAGUAAUGUGUUUCUGAUGAAUUUCGGGAGCGCCCUGGAUGUCUUAUGACUGUCUUUGGAAGCCAGUGGAUUAUACUGUGAUUUAACCCACCACAUAUAUCCGUACUGGGGGCUUGCAUACAUUUUUAACGGGAACGUAUUGUAUCGGUGUUCAAAAUGAGUAUCGAUACUCUAUUGGAAGCGGCCAGGUAUUUGGAGUGGCAAGCCCAGCAACAACAGAUUACACGUGAGGAGGAGGAGCGGCGGCGAGAGAAGGCCUUGCUGUCCCGUGAGGCGGAGCAGAAGCUCUCCGCCCCCAUUAUCCAGUCUGUCCAAGUUAACCAUGUGACCUGGGCCGACAACAUGCGGCUCGAGCCUCACCGCCACCCCCAGCACCACCCUCCGGUCCCGCCCCCUCCCCUCCCACCACCUGUUCCCAUAGCUGUCAUUCCUAUCCCGGUGAUCCCUGGCAACCCUGCGGCCCCUGCCAUUCAGACUGCUUCGUCCCUUCACACAGCCUCCCCUAUGCCAGUGGUCACACCCUUGACCACAGCCCUGUCCCCACCAGCAGCCCCCCUCCUCAGCCCCAAUGGCAAGGAUGCCCACUCCCCUCCACAGCAGCAGCAGCAACAUCGUCACUUGAUAGCACAUGUAAAAGCAGAAUCUAACAGCUUGCCUCUGACGAAUAACAGUCCCAAGCAGCAAUCGCAGCCGCAGCCACAACAGACACAGCCACUUUUGCAACCGUAUCCAACCCCCAUCAUCACAGCCCAGCCUUCACCACAGCAACACGCCCUCCUGCCCCAGCCAGCACUACCCCAACCUCACCCCACACUGGCCCAGGGUCAGGCAGCGUUGUCUCUGCCGGUGUUCGAGUUUGCUCGCUUAUACGUGGCAUUUCGAGAAACCACCAGCACCGUAUCACUCUUUGUCAAAUACAUUGCAGAUGAUACAAAGAGUUAUGAAUCAUGUUUCUUGCAGACUUUGAAGCGGAAAGAAAAGGAGUACGAGCACGAGAUGGAGCGCCUGGCACGGGAGAAGAUCGCCACUCAGCAAAGACUCGCAGAGCUGAAGAAUGAGUUGAGCCAGUGUAUAGACAUCAUGGAGAUCGACAGGAUACUCCGACAAACUGUCCAACCGGAAGAUGAUCAGGCCUCCACAUCAACAGCAUCAGAGGGUGAAGACAACUUCGACCAAGAUGUAGAUGAUGACAUCCUCUCCUCCCCGCCCUCGUCUGCACCGGCGCCGUCAGAGCCCCGCGCUGCCAUGCCUCCACCCUCCAUUCUCACUACGCAUAUCUCCAUACAACACAAACCCACCACACCACCCAAUCAACACCAGCCCACCGCGGUCACCCCUCAAGCCAUCGCCCCUGCCCCCCCUUCCCACAUAGUUUCCCCUCCUCAGCCAACAGUCAUCACGCACGCCUCUGUAUCCCAUGCGUCCGUCAUCCAAGCUGUCAACCACGUCAUCCCAGCUGGGCCUAAACAUCUGGCGCACAUUGCGCCCUCUAGUGGCGGCCAGCCUAUCGGACACAUCACUGUGCAUCCUGUGGCCCACCUCCCCGCUGCCAUUUACCCGCAGUCAGUGGCCGUCUCGCAGGCGGCGAUGGUGGGGCACAUCACACACACGUUGGCGCACCACCCGCACACUCACGCCCAAGUUAACGGCACGCCGGUCACAGGCCAGCAGGCCACCGUGAUGGGAAAGCCAACAGCCGUGGUCGCUCACCAUCACACCGGGCUGGUGGGCCAGACGGUGCUCAAUCCGGUGACUAUGGUAACUGUUCCUCCUUUUCCCGUCAGCACACUAAAGCUGGCCUGAAGAAAAGAGAGGCUGCACAGAACGACUCCCAUGAAUGGAGGUCUCACAAAGCGAGAGCAAGAGAGACUAAAGACGAAGAUCUAAUCGCUAAAAGGACAUCUAGAUCCUGUUCAGAAAAUCACUACUGUCGCUCCUACACGCCGGGACCUCGUCAGGAUCGGAGCGUGUCCUCUUUUGCUUGUAGAAGCGGCUUGCGUGUCUUCUUGCCAUGCAGCAUUGGAAUGAAAUUCAUGUGAUGCACUUGCUUUAACUAAACUCGAAAACAGUGGUCAGUCUUUAGUAAUGUGAGAGUGGAGUGCUAAAACAAAUCAAUUCUUUCUUCUCUUUCCCUCGUGUCCUUUUUAGUGUGCAAAUUAUCUCACGCUUUACAUUAAUUUACCAAAAAAAAAUCUCCACUUAAAUCAAAAACGAGUGCUUAAAGGUCAGUACUGAAAGCAUGCAGACAAACGUUUACUGUGUAACUAUAUUUUGGGGGCUUUUAAAACUCUUCAUACGGGGCUUUUGACUAAAAAAAACAGGUACAUUCAGACUCAGAUCAGGUUUCUCAAAGUGUCUUUGUACUUGCGAGCAAAUGUAAGUGCCUAAGCCCCAAUUCAAGCCCAGUGGCGCCACCUGCUGCCUACGCAAUGCAACUACAACAUUGCUGAAUAUGAAGCGCAAGCGCAUUGACCUACAGUAACAGACAUCACAAAGUCUUAAAAAAAGUGUCGAGGCGAAUGAGCUAUAAGGAAACUCAACUUAUAUACAAUUCAGCAUCUGAGAAAGACAUGCAUUUGAAAGUACAUUAAAGCAUUUAUUACAAGUGCUCAGAUAUUUAACUUAAUAAUAUUUCGUAAUACUUGAUUAACGUUUCAGAUGAUUAAAAACGUUACAUACGGCGUGUGAUAGUCGGGCGUUUCCGUUUCUUCAAAUCAGCAUUUACCAGUAUUCUCGUGCUUGUAGCUAGCAACACGAUGAAAAAAGUCGAAAGAAGUCUUAGAAAAUAACGUUCACGUGAAUGCAUCUCUUGCGUCAAGGCGCGCGCACGUUCCUAGGUGGCGUCCAGUGUAACUCGGUGCUGUUGUGUGUCCAUCCUACGUUCAUCGGCACACAGCCAUUUUUCAUUACUACGCGUGAUUGUGUAAAUUGUCGUGAAGUACUCGCUUGUGAAUAAGCUUUUUAGGAGGUUAAAACAUGCAGUUUUCUGUUUCAUUGACAUCAGGACAAAAAGCCCCUUUGCCAAUAGCAGUGCUCCUCUUAAAGUCGGCCUGCCAUUCUCAAUGCACUCGCUCGGUUAAACCUGCACAAAGUCAGCCAUCUGACCGUUUCCCUUUGUAAACUUAAUGGUUUGCUGUCGAUGGUUAGGUACACCACGUUGUUGCUUUUAUAAUGUCACUUUCAAACGGAACACUGUGAUUCCUGCUCUUAACAUCCUCUUUCUGCUGCAAAAAAAUAAUAAUUGAGGUUUGGAUUUUCUGUUUGACUUCCUUUUUCUUUUUUGGGGGGAUGUGAAGAUGGAAUAAUACAUGCUGUGCUUCACACUCAGUUAAAAAACAAACAAACAAAAAAAAAUAGCCUAACCUUUGUGAAAUUUAUUAGUGUUUUGCUUUUUCUUUUCUUUUCUUUUUUGAAUAUAUGUGUAUGGAUGUAUGUAUAUAUGUGAGGUAUAUGCAUGCAUUCACAUAUGUGUAUGUAUUUUAGGAUUAUACUGAUGCCUGGUUUUGCAUGUAGAUUGCCGUUUUUUUUUGUUUGUUUAAAUGUUAAUCCCUCCCCUUAUUUCAUUUUUGGGACCAUGUAUCAUACUGUAUGAUGUGGACGGGACCGUUAGACCUCAUUCUACAUUGAUAUUAUAUAUGAAUAUAUGAAAACUCUGCAUUUUCCCUAUGGAGAAAGUUUAAGUUAUAUAUCGCCUGUACAUUCUGGGCUGCAUUAAGAUCGAAUUGUCCACCAUGUUUAACUAAAAUAGUAAUAAAACUUAUUAAAAUAUGCUAGAUUACUACAAAAAAAAAAAAAAAAAAACAUUGACGAUUCAUAAUAAAUCUUAUGACAUUUACAA